AUGACAACAUUUCAUACAAACAAAUUACUGCUUUUUGAAACAUUACUGGGUUUCCUGGAUCAAAAUGAAAUUAUCUUUGAACGAGAUCUUUUAACGGCCUUUGAAAUCUAUAAUAAAUGUGCACAUAAUGAAGAUUCACAAGCUCAAUUCUUAUCCGGCUAUGCAUAUGAGAGGUGA